CCCGACGCGACAGCCCGCCACGAUGCUGUACGAAAUGAUCGGAGUGGUGCGCCCCGGCCGCCUCUCCGAAGUCAAAGAAAUCGCAAAGACGGCCGGCAAGAUCGUCCUCGAGAGGAACGGCGUCGUCCGCGGCGUCACCAACUGGGGCACCUUCCUCCUGCCCAAGCCCGCGAAGAAGCUGCAGUCGUCGCACAACGUCGGCCACCACUUCAUCAUGCGCUUCGACGCCAGCGCCCGCACACAGCACUCCCUCCGCCGCACAAUGAGUCUGGACCCGCGCCUGAUACGCUACUCGAUUGUCAAGAUGGGCACCAAGUUCGAGGAGAUCAAGGACAUAGCCGGCCAGGCCAGCUUCAGAUAGGCGCAGACCCGUGCAGAGACGGCUUGUAGGAUGUGUACACUAAAAGACCAUGCAUUGGACGGGCGUUAUUGGCAUAUGUAUAUCACGGUGGAGCGCGACAUGCACUGCAUGCGAGAACAGCAGACUCGACGAGUACUCUUGGAAUCUACCCCAUUGUGCAUUCCCAGCAUCGCGAUAGCCAGUAUGUGCACCGACUUCUCGACCAAAUCUCACGCUCAAAUCACGACUUGUCGUCUACAGUUCUACCUGACGCGCUGAUGUCAAGAGAGAUUUGCCUGACGUGAACACUGAGGUGCUGCAGUCGUGGGACCCUACGCGCUAGCCCGUAUUAGGGACAGUUGUACCGCAAGCCUUCAUAGACCCUUUCCAACGCCAAUGAUGAGCCUCUCGCAUUCUACCGAGGCUUGUCCAGCGUAGCUCAUAUUUUCUGUGACCUCAA